AAAGUAAUAUGUUACAUCUGGUCCAAAAUCCUUUUCUAAACUGUUUACAUUUACAUUGAGCAGGUUGGCACUUAACUGAUGUGUAAAUCAUUUAUAAAUGAUUAAUGAAUCCAUAAACAACGUCAGAAAGUGGUAGCAAAAUAUUACAUUCAGUAGUGUUGUCCGUUCCUCUAAAAGUUUUUUUUUUUUCAGGGAAAGUUUUAUUUACCCCUUAGUAAAAUACUGAGAUACUAUUACUUCUACACAACGCUGAAGCAGCCUUAUGUUUUUGCUUUGACUGUGUGGCAUCAGGUGGACUUCAUACAGAACUGAUGAGGUGCGUUAAGCGUGAGUAGAUCAUUGAAAUUUCUCGCUAUUGUAUACUGCGUGAUCUGAUUAUGAUUUCCACAGACAUGACACUGCUCCUGUAAAAACCGAGGCCAAAUAAGAAGAUAAUUACAUUUGACAGGUUUAUACCAUCACAAACCGGCGCGGGCAGUGAACCCCCGCGACCUAACUGCGCAUGUGCAAAAGUCGUUUAUUGAUGAAAAAAAGGUCACGAACUCUGACCCUCCCACCAACUGCAGCAAACACUUAAAAUAUUAAUUUAUUGAAAGCAAUACAUUAACUGGCCUAACAGCUCCUCGACAGGUGUGCAUGCCUCAUGGGGCACUGAUGUGAAGAGCAGUGGAAGAAGGUGUGCGCAGUAUCAGAAUGGAUGGACAGACUCAAAGGAUUCAGCUUGUGUCAGCAGACAACAACAUGGCUUUAGGACACAGAAUCCAGAUUGUAACAGAUCAGCAGACUGGUCAGAAGAUCCAGAUCGUCACAGCACUUGAGCCAUCUUCCCCCGGAAAGCAGCAAUUUAUUCUUGCAAAUGCUGACUAUUCCCCCGGUGGGAAGGUGAUCCUGGCCAAGCAGGAGGGCUCACCCAACAAGGUCAUCCUCGCCACUCCAGACGGCUCUGGGGUUAACCAGCUGUUGUUUGCCAGCCCUGAACUAGCUGGGCAACAGAUUCAGUUUGUGACUGAAGGCUCAGACCAGUCUAUUGUGAAGCCAGUUGUGGAGUACUGUGUUGUUUGUGGGGAUAAGGCCUCUGGGCGUCAUUACGGAGCUGUCAGCUGUGAGGGCUGCAAGGGCUUCUUCAAACGCAGCAUUAGGAAGAACCUGGUGUACACAUGCAGGGGCUCUGGAGAGUGUGCCAUCAACAAGCUUCACCGAAACAGAUGCCAGUACUGUCGACUGCAGCGCUGCAUAGCUCUGGGCAUGAAACAAGACUCCGUGCAGUGUGAGAGGAAGCCUGUGGAAGUGACCACCAGAGAGAAAUCUGUCAACUGUGCUGCCUCCACAGAGAAGAUCUACAUCCGCAAGAACUUGUGUAGCCCCCUGGCUGCCACACCCACUUUUGUAUCUGACAAGGAAACUGCUAGGUCUACAAGUUUGCUUGAGUCAAGCAUGUUGCUCAACAUCCAACAACCCUUCUCCAAGCUGGAAAAUACCAUCUUGAUCCCAGCAUCCCCUGACAAGCAGGAUGACCCAUCUCAGGGUGACCUUGGUACGCUGGCAAACGUUGUGACGUCCCUCGCCCACCUCAACAAGACCAGGGAGGCAAGCGACAGUGGCAACGAUCUGAUGGGAGUCGAAACGCUUAGCAAUGGCGACAGCUCAAUGACAGACAUCCAAGGAGAUGAGCAAAGUGCAAGUGAUAUCACUCGAGCUUUUGACACCCUGGCCAAAGUCCUGCACCCUGGUGAUGUCUCAGCAGGGGACUCAUUGGAGGCCACAAUGCAGCUCAUGUCAGGGGACCAGUCAGGUCCUGUAGUGGAGUUGGAAGGACCUCUUCUCUCUGACAGCCAUAUCCCUUUCAAGCUUAUGAUGCCUUUGCCUGUGCCAGAGUACCUCAAUGUCAAUUACAUCUGUGAGUCAGCUUCCCGCUUACUUUUUCUCUCUAUGCACUGGGCACGCUCCAUACCUGCCUUUCAAACCCUUGGUGGUCAAGACAAUGAUAUUAACUUGAUGAAAGCCUGCUGGAAUGAACUGUUCGCCCUGGGUCUGGCACAGUGUUCCAAUGUUAUGAAUGUUGGUACCAUCUUAAGUGCCAUUAUCAACCAUCUGCAGACCAGCUUACAGGAAGAGAAGCUGUCCCCAGAGCGAGUGAAACUAGUAAUGGAACACAUCUGGAGGAUGCAGGAGUUCUGUAACAGCAUGUCCAAGCUGUCCCCAGACUCUUAUGAAUAUGCCUACCUCAAAGCCAUCAUUCUCUUCAGUCCUGAUCACCCAGGCAUAGAUAAUACCCCACAGAUCGAGAGGUUCCAGGAGAAGGCUUACAUGGAGCUGCAGGACUAUGUCACCAGGACCUACCCAGAAGACUCCUAUCGGUUGUCCAAGCUGUUGCUGCGUCUUCCUGCCCUCAGGCUGAUAAGUGCAGCUGUCACCGAGGAGCUGUUUUUCGCUGGGCUCAUCGGCAACGUGCAGAUUGACAGCAUCAUCCCUUACAUCCUCAAAAUGGAGUCCACUGAUUAUAAUAGCCAGGCAGUCUCUGGUGUCUGACACACUGUACCACUUGUAAUAGCACCAUUGGACUCUGAAAACUCAGCAGCCAACCAAUCAGAGUGCUUUGCAGACCGGUCACUGAGUGGUCAUAACAUAAUGCAUUUAUGACACAGCAUCCUAUGUGAAUUUUGCUUUCACUCUUAACCUUGCUCCUACUUCUGACUCCUCAGUACCCAGUCAGCAGAGCAAAACUCACCAAGAGGACAAAUUAAAAUCAACUCCAGUGGAAAGUAAGUCCACCAGUAUCUGCCCAUUCAGGAAUGAACCCUUGAAAACCUGCAUCGUAGAUUGUGCUUUUUAUUGUACAUAGUAUUUUAUGCUUCAUUGCCUCCAAGCCUUUCCUUUUCUGCAGAUCUUGUUUGUACUUUGAAGGAAUCUGAACGGUUUGUUUUUCACUGCUUUCCUACAUGGCCAUGCUUUUUUAUUUUCUAACAAUUACAAGAAAAAAACUUGUCAUAAUGUGAAUUGGUUUGUGAGAUGUUGUUAUUGCUGAAGGUUAUAACCUUUAUUUCUUGUUUGUUUGCCAAUCCAAAGGAUGGGGCAGCAUCAUGUGGAUCUGAAGUAAUUGUGUAUAUAGAUUUGUAUAUAGAAUGCACCAAGCAGGCUAUAAUGGGUGGCACUUGGUAAAUCACGGAUUCAAUCUUUUGGACAAAUUAAUGUGGACAGAAAAUGAUGGUCAAGUCAUUUGACAAUAAAAACAUCUUUCAAUCAUG